UACUGUCUACCAGAGAUUUUUUGGCGUGUGUUUUAUGAUCAGAUAAGACUAAUGUCUGUGUUUAUAACUCUUACCACUACCUCUGGCUCCACCUCUCUUGGAGGGAGGAUAGGUCGAGUGUAACUAGAUCACGAACGUCUUUGUUAAACGUUACGUAGCACCUGUUAAACUAUCAUGUUUCACAAUCUGAAAUUUACUUUGCGUAGAGUGGGGAACAAAAGCCAAUGUAUAAAGAAACAGGUAAGAAGCAUAUACACUAUUAUUUAGAUAAUUUAUGCAUCUUUACUUUCGGAGUUCAUUAAAAAAAAAACUCCUCACCUAUUACACUAAAUUUGUUUAAGAUGUGUAGUUGUGUGUGUGUGUGGGGGGGGGUAGCGACUCCACCUACCAACCCUUCUCUUCACAUGGAUCCACUAGCGCCCAUGUAUUACAUUCCGUUACGGAGUCCAAAUCAAGUUUUUCUCUCCCGCCGUACCGUACAGGUGGCGAUUGUCUCCGUUUAUUCUUACGUACCUUUAAACCCUCGCUGCGCCGGCCGUCACACGCGAUCUUUGUCUUUACGGCAGAACUAGGUGUGAUGUAAUCACCUUCCCCUGUUCGGAGCUUCGCUGCGCCGGCCGACACACGCGAUCUUUGUCUUUACGGCAGAACUAGGUGUGAUGUAAUCACCUUCCCCUGCUCGGAGCUUCGCCGGCGCCGUGGUCAUAUUAGGUCAUCUACUGCUAGGAUCGCUGGUAUGCUCAUAAAGGGAGAAGGGCAAGGUACGGUGUUUUAUUUGGUCAAAAUUUAUCCUUCUUCGCUUUCUUUGUCGGUUCGUUUCACCGACAUGCAGUUCAACUGAGGUCUAGUCGGAUGAGACUAAGACUGAAACGUGAUGCAACAUAAACCAUGUCACGAUCAAAACUCUCUUGGUUGUAUCCUAUAAUGUCGGCCAGCUUGUACAGAUAGUUAUGUACGACAAAAACUCCCGUGGUUGGAUCAUAUCGUGUUGGCCGGCAGUCUAUAAGUAGUUACAUCAAGAAGUAGUUAUGUAUGACAAAUACACUCUGAUUGUCAUAGAGUCUAGUCCCCCUCCCCUAUUUGGUCCACAGAAGUAGUGACAUAGUAUUUUUAUCUUGAAGCUCUUUCAUCUCAUUAAAGAGAUUUGAUUAAGCCUUUGAUUUUCAUCGCCCUAUCCAUAUUUGGAGCCAUCACAAGGUUACUAACUGUGAUGCCAUUGUAACAUUUCCCGAAUCUGUUAUAAAAGCAGUUCCCUUCCACUCUUCAAGCCUAUCAUUACUUUCUCUACCUUGUUGUAGAUAUUGCUUGUUCUUAUAUUGUGCAUUGUUUUUCAUUCAAUAUGAUUAUAAGUUACCGUACAUAAUAAGAGAAGGAUAAAGAACUUGUACUUAUAGCUACCAUAUAUUUUUUAACAGCAGCAUAUGGAGCUGAUGAAAAAACAUGGGACAAAUCUGCAGAAAUGCUUGCAGCUGCUACACUACUGCAAAGAGACAUCUAUACAUUCUCACCAAACCACAACAAAACAAAAUACUCAUGGCUAUUAUUAAAACCUUUAUUUCAUGAUGCAAACACAUACAUACUAUCUCACACAGACAACCAUAUAUGCUGCAAUAUAACACUAUUGCAUACAAAUGGUAAUCACUUUGAUGUGGUUGUACCACAAGAGGCCACAUGUAACCGUUUUUUUGCCAAAUCCACUGCUUGGAGUAUGAUGAUUUAGCCUAAAUUUUUAAGUGUUGAUUAAUAUUUCAUCUUACAAUAUAUUCAGAUUAGAUCUAUUUGGCUAUUUGAUUUUUUUUCUUGCCUUUGUAUUUUAUUACAUAAAAAUACAUAGAAAUAUACCCAUUUUUUAAAAGAUACCACAUUUUUCUUUUGCAUGUCAUUAAUUUCAUCAUUAAAUAACAAUUUUUAUGUCCAUUAUUUUCAUGUAUUUAAAGUCAGGGUACCGGUAUCUAUUUAUUUAAUUACUUUUAUUUUGCCAAUAAAAGAUAUUUUGUUAGGCUUAGAGUUAUUUUUUUUAUUUUUCUAUUAAUUUUUUUGUCUGUUGUUAUUACUUUAACUACAUGAUUUUAAUUUCGAUUUUUAGUUAUUUUUCAAAGUACAAAAGAUUGUUUGCAUUUUAAAUGAAUUUUAAUAUUAGAUCUAAUAGCUGCUAGAAAGAAAGACAAAACAGCAACAGAAAAAAGUUGGCAAGUAAUUCAAGGGAGAUAGUCUAGUACUAAGCCUUAAAACCAAAAUGGCGUAUUUCCAAUGACAAUAUAUGAUCUGUGGACAGUGUAGAGAGUAGUCUGUGUUUCAGAAUGGGAAAGCUGGAUGUGAAAUCUCUGCGAUAUUUAACUCGAGAAGAUUUUCGUGUUCUUAUUGCGGUUGAGAUGGGAAUGAAAAACCAUGAGCUUGUUCCUCCAGCAUUAGUUGCAGCUAUUGCUCAUCUUCCAACUGGUGGAAGCCAUAAAAAACUAAGAGAGCUUCACAAGCAUGGACUAGUUGCUUAUGAGCAAGGCAACAAAAGAUAUAGUGGUUACCGUUUAACAAAUGCUGGUUAUGACUUUCUGGCUCUCAAAGUUUUGACAGACAAAAAUGUGAUAUCCUCAGUUGGCAAUCAAAUUGGUGUGGGUAAAGAAUCAGAUGUUUACAUAGUUGCAGAUGAUGAAGAGAAACAGUAUGCAUUAAAACUUCACAGACUAGGACGCACAUGCUUUAGGCAAAUAAAAAAUAAACGUGACUAUAUGAAGUAUCGCAAAUCUGCAUCUUGGUUAUACCUUGGAAGACUAGCAGCAACAAAGGAGUUUGCUUAUAUGAAGGCAUUGUAUGACACAGGCUUUCCAGUUCCAAAGCCAUUUGAAAGUAAUCGACAUGCUGUUGUUAUGGAACUUUUAAAUGGAUACCCAAUGUGUCAGAUACAUAAGUUAUCAGAUCCUGGUUCAGUAUAUGAUGAGUGCAUGGAGCUUUUGGUUAAACUUGGCAACUAUGGACUUAUUCAUGGAGACUUUAAUGAGUUUAAUUUGAUGGUUGAUGAUAAAGACCAUAUAACAAUGAUUGAUUUCCCACAGAUGAUAUCCACAUCUCAUUGCAAUGCAGAAAUGUAUUUUGACAGAGAUGUACAAUGUAUACGCACCUUUUUUGCAAAAAGAUUUAACUAUGAAAGUGAACUGUUUCCCACGUUUUCAGAUUUAAAGAGAAUAGGAACAUUGGAUGUAGAGAUUGCAGCAAGUGGCUUUACUAAAGAUUUGUCAGAUGCAUUUGAUGAAACAAUGACAAACAUGGGCCUGCUAGAGACUAAUGAAUCUAUGCAAAAAGUGAAAGUCGAUAAGUCAAGUGAAGAUAGUGAUGACUGUGAAGAUGAUAAAGAUAGUCCUAACAACAUUGAAGAAGAUUGCGAGAAAAAUUUUGAUGAAGAUAGACGUGAUGAUGAUGAUGAUGACGAAAAUUCAGUUCCCCCAGGCAAAGACCCAAGAAUUCUUAAAUGGUUGGCACAAUCAGACUGCAAUACUUUAGCUGAUGAAAGAAAUGAAGAAAUAGGCCUCAGUGAACAUCCAGAUCUAUGUGUAGAAACUCAGAAACUAGAUAGCACUAACCAUCUAUCUACUGAUUCAAUUAAAGAACUGAAUAAAGAAACCUCAAUGCUUUGUGAACAAUCGAAUACAAUGUCACUGGCAGACACGCAAAAUAAAGAUCUCGAAAAACUUGAACAAAAUGAAGAUGAAGAUUUGAUAAAUCUUAGACUUUCUAACCUCAACAUAAGACCUUUCAGAAAUGAAGACAGUCAGCAUCAUGUCAAUGAAUGCCAUAAAAAAAAGGAGUCUGGAUCAGUAGCAACACAUAGUAUUGCCUGUUCUAGUAUAGCACCUGAAAUAGCUAGGAGUCGAAUAAGAAGUCAAGCUAAACGCAAGCAGCAGGCACAACUGGCCAGACGUGUGAGAAAGAGUGGUGAAGCCUCUUUAUUUACUCAAUUACGUCGUGACACACAGGAUGACAUAAAACAGUCUUUAGAUGCUGUAUGGUUUUAAAAAAAUUGGAAAAAUGUUAAUAAAAACUUGUAUAUAUGAUAUACAUUUUUUUUUCAAUUAA